AUGGAUGAAAUGAGAGCGACGCUCGACUCCCUCAUGGGGAGGGACCGCAAUGAAUACGGUGCAAAUGCGAAGAAGGGUACUUCGUUCAAGGGGGAGACCAUAUGCAAGUUCUUCUUGUUGGACUUCUGCCCCCAUGAUCUGUUCCCGAACACCCGCGUUGAUCUUGGCCCGUGCGACAGAGAGCAUCGCGCCGAUCUUAAGGUUGCUUUUGAAACGGAUCCUGAGCGGGAGUUUUACCAGGCUCUGUUUGAAACGGAGUUUGCACGCUACCUGCAGCGCCUUGUAGAUCAAAUGGAAAACCGAAUCAAGAGGGUUCAGCAACGAAUCGAUGCCAAUAACCAACCAGUGGAGCUUAGCAAAGAGAAUGAAGAGCGCGUGAACUCGAUGAAUGCAGAAAUCUCGGAGCUUCUCAAGCAGCAGGAUGAGGCGGGCUCAAAGGGAGACAUCGAUGCUGCGGAAAAGUUGAAUGAGAAGGUUGCCUUUCUUCAGCGCGAAGUGUCCAGACUAAAAAACCCGAAUGCGGAUAUAGCUACCAUUCGGGAGUCGCAACUACGGGUUUGCGCAACUUGUGGAGCGAUGCAGUCUACAGGUGACGCUAUGUGCAGAUUCGAGUCGCACGUAUCUGGGAAGCAGCACCGGGGUUGUGAGCGCAUCAGGUCGAAGUUGGCGGCCCUCAAGGAGACGGAGGCGGAACGGGAGGAGGUUUUGAAGAAGUAUCAAGGGAAGCAGGCCGAAGUAGCUGCUGCGAAUACCCUUAGCCUAAAGCGCGAAGCAGGGCAGCGCGAUCGAGAGCUUCAAGCGGAUAGGGAGCGGGAACGAGAUAGAGAGGAAAGGGGCAGUGGCCCACCGAGAUAUAGGCGUUCGAGGGAGGGGGGGCACGGGGGUCCACCCUCUGAAUACGCGUCUAGCAGGGACAGGCGGCGCGAGCGCGAGCGCGAUAGGUACUACAGUAGCAGAGAUAGGGAGCGAGAAUAUCGCGAUAGGGACUAUAGGGCCCAUAGAGAUAGAGAGUACAGCGGCCGAGACAGAGACCGCUACCGCAGUGGGGAGCGAGAUCGCGAAAGAGAAAGGUCGCGGUACAGCACGAGCUACCGAUCGCGCGAUCGCUCUCGAGACAGAUCCCGUGAGCCUAUAUACCGCAGCAACGGUUACCAACGAGAGGAUUCCCAUAGAGAAGGCGGAUCAACCCCAGCGAAAGGCAGCGACAGCCGCGGAGACCCUAGAAACGCCUUGAAGUCGUUUGUACAUGCUGGUCAAUCCGGCAGCGGCAGGAUGCCAGAUCACGAGUAG